UUUAAAAACAAGCUACUGCAGCAGUCUUACAACACGAAAUCAUUCUGGUGACGUAUCUUUCUACACAUUAUCCUUUUCAACAUAAUCAUGGAGGGGCGUGUGAUCACCUUGGUGUGUUUGGCGUUCGUCUUUGACUUUGGUCUCAGCUGGGAGUUCCCUGGUCUCAAUGAGCCAAUGUUUAUGGACCGCGAUGCGUCGAGAUGCUUUGUUCCAAAAGUUGAGCUCAAAGCGCUCAAACCAGGGAUACACACUCAUCGAUCAUCGACCAGUCGGUCAGGGAGCAGGACGUUCCAACAAAUGAAGUUUGAAGUAUGGUACGACGAGUCAGUCAUGCAUUCAUCGAUGAGGGACCUCAUCAUGAAUCUAACCCGAGAGACAGUGGACUUGAUAUCCCGACAACUCCAAGUGAAGGAAGAAUUGAAGGACUUUAUUUUCGACAGGUCUUGUCGAACUGGUUGGGAUAUGAACAAUGGAACAGUGGUCAAUUGUACAUGUGCUAAUGUGACAAAUUGUGGUACAGCUACGUUGCCCGAACACCAUUUACUACCGUGCUCCACAUGCAAGCGGUAUGAGAACGGGACAGAGUACGACUGCGUGCCCGAACCAGGAGGACCCGCCGAGAGAGGCGUGAGUGACGUUCAUUACGUUCUCUAUGUCACCUCCGUUGGUCCGUGCUCGGGAGGCGUCGCCGGGUUUGCUAAUUCGUGUUAUAUUGACCUAACACUAAAUAGGCCUAUUGGAGGGUACAUCAAUAUCUGUCCACAAGCCACAACAAUACUUGAACCUGAAGAUAUUCAAGUGCUAAUACAACAUGAAAUCUACCAUGCAAUAGGUAUCUCACCAGUCUUGUAUGCUUUAUACCGGGAUGAAAAUGGGGACCCCUUGACCCCCCUUGGGGACGAUGGCUUCCCCACUGAAUUGAACAGUGGCGGAUACCUUCAAUGGAGUGACCGUGUAGCUCGAACCCAAACCCUAGAUUGGGAUAUCCGUGGGGGUCAAAUAGAACGAAAUGUGACGAUCAUGGUAACACCUAACCUUAUAAGAGAAGCUCGUGAAUACUACGGAUGUGACACCAUUGAGGGAGUCGAACUGGAGGACGAUUAUGGAAGGUUUCCAUCUGGAAGCGCUCUCAGUCAUUUUGAGGCCCGAUUGAUGCCGACCGAGUCAAUGGGGCCGGCUUUCACUAAGGGGCGAAAAUUCUCUCGUUUCACUUUGGCAUUCCUCGAAGAUACCGGAUGGUAUAAAGUGAACUAUGACCUCGCUGACCCAUUUACUUGGGGUCGUGACCUCGGGUGUGGCUUCGUCAACAAGAGUUGUAAAUGGUGGAUGGACACUCAGAGAAACAGAGGGCUGUCCCUAAUCCCGUACUGUGAGAACCCCAGUGAACUACUCUGUAUGGAAGGCAAUGCUGCCGUCUGUACUAACAAAAAACUCGAUGAACCACUGCCGGAUCAAUAUCAGUAUUUUGAUUCUCUUCCCGGCUUCAACGAGACGGAGAUAGCUAGUGUUGGCGGUUUGUUUAUGUUCAUUGAUCAUUGCCCUGUUAUUUUCCCUGCGUAUCGACUACAAACCAGUGAUUAUCGGCGACAAAUAUGUGACAGAGAUAUCAACGAAUGUGACAGUGACCCUUGCAACUAUGGAGCGACUUGCUCGGACAUAAUAACGGGCUAUUUCUGUACAUGCACCGCAGAAUAUGCAGGGCGCCACUGCGAUUACAGUAAAACCAUUUGUUCCAGAUUAGACCAAUGUGCACAGAAUGAGGUUUGCAAAGAUGGGCUGUGCAGCUGUGGACGCGGUCGGAUCAGAACAGAAGAAGGUUGUGAAAUUCCGAGACGGUUCGAAUUGUGGUUUCAAGUUACGAAGAUCAACGGGUCACUUGCAAUAUACCCUGACACUUUCAAAUCUAGUGAUGAAAUAAUCAGAGGAGAGCUAGAGUAUGCGAUUUUUCACCGGUUAUCAAGAUGGCAGAUCUUCGUUGACUCAGUAUUCAGUGUCGCAAUCAAGUCCUUCAAUGGGAGUCUCGGAGUAGAGAUGGACAUCGUUCUCGAUGCAGGCAGUACACCGGAUGACGUCAUGAUUUAUGAUCUUAUGACGGAUUCUUAUAUUUUUGCCGCCGAAGAUCUGUCGUCUGGAUACACAUCUUACACCGUGGAUGUUAGCUCUAUCGAUGUUCAAGAUUUGGAUGAAUGCGAUGAAAUGGAAUACUCCGCUUGCUCUGUCUAUUCUACUUGCAACAACACGAUUGGUUCCUACCAGUGCUCCUGUCUGCCUGGCUUUGGAGAUCAAGGGGAUCCGACAGAUGGGCAAGGAACGGUCUGUAUUGAUAUCGACGAAUGCAGUCAUUCAUCCUUAAAUGAAUGCUCUCCGUUCGCCCGAUGCACGAACAAAGUCGGUGGAUAUAACUGUGUUUGUCUCUCGGGAUAUGAAGACUCUACUGGGAGCUCUGGAAGAUUAUGUGCAGACCAGAAUGAAUGCAUCUCCGCCAAGCUGAAUGACUGCUCCCCAGUGGCGGCUUGCACCGACGAGCCUGGAACUUUCUCCUGCGCUUGUCCUCCGGGCUACACAGAUAUCUCACCUACUGGUGCGGGCCCGGGAAGGGUGUGUGAGAAUGAACAAGUUAAAGAAGGUUCCAUGACCUUCAUCGUCAUUAUCUCAAUCGUCGUUGGUGUCAUGUUCGUCCUCUUUGUCGCAUUGCUCUUAUUAUCCCAAGCGAUGAAGACCAAAUUCUAGAUCGCGCCCAUGAUCGAAAUGCUGAUUGAGUGGUUCGUCAAACCCGUACACGGCGUUCGAAACAGUUUCUAUUCGACCUCUAUGAAUAUGAUUUUGCGGUCUGUUCAAGCUCAAAGAAUAUAGCCGUUGUCGUAACGGUAGUCAUCAUUAUGGAUUUGCCGUUUGUCUGUUUUAUAAUAUCAGAAUAAUCAAACAUUUAAACGAAGUAGAUGAAUUUUCACGUUUCCGUCAAUUUAUUCUAUUCAGUCUUUAUCGUGUGGUUGCAUGUAUCUUAAAGGGAAGGUUAUGUCUUUUAAAAGUGAACAAAAGAACAAUUGUGAGCUUUCUCAUUCUCUACAUAGCCAAAUGUGACUACCGAUAGAUUCCUUCUGCAU